UCUCCCUCUCGCCGUUCGCCUCGUCCCCGCUGCGUCGUCGUCCUUCUCCCCGUGCACACAGAGAGGGAAAAGAGGGGAGAGAUUGGGAAUUCAACCCCAGCCUCCUCCUGUAGUUGCGGCGAAACGGACUCCCCUUUGUUCUGUGCUGGAAUCCAAUGCCCUUAGGUUUGAGAGAUGUGGGUCUGAAGUAGGUGAAAUGGCAUUGAUAGCGCAUCAGACGCAGGUUUCUUUUUCACCACAUUUAAUAAGUUCUAAAGCACCGAUUCAAAGAUUGAGUUGGGGGUCUUCAGCUGUUCAGUUCCUUUAUAAAACACAUGAGUUUGUGCCAUUGAAGCAUCACUUUCAUUUCAGGGAAUGGCCCAUCUCAGUACAGAAGAGAAAAGGUUUUAAAGUCUCUUCUUUUAAAAGCAAUACACAGAAUGAUGGACCUGAAAAAAGAAACUCAAAAAUUUCCAGACCACCAGUCCAGAUAUCUGGUAUGCAGCAAGGAAGAGAGGAUGUGCUAUCAGAAUCUCAUGAUGUCCAAAACCAUCAAUUAUCUUAUUCCUCAGAAGGUACAGACAGCACUACAGCAAGAUCUCUAGCAAUUCAAAGACUGUUCCGAAAUUGGUUGGUCAUGUUACGCAGUCAUACAUCUAAUCACACAAUGGAUGACAAUGUUAGUGGAACAGUAGUCCAGUCUGUUUCAUCUGAAAGCCAACAUGGAACAAUGGGAAGACAGGCAGCUAAAGUUUUGAAGACUGCACUAGUGUACUUUUUGGGACUUGAUGCUGCUGUAUCUAUCCCACUUGUGAUAUUCAUUCCUUGGUAUCUGACGGUCAAGAUGGUCUAUGGAGCCGAAGUGACGAAGGAAUUGAUGCCUUUAUGGAUACUUGGGCCACUUAUAUUUGCUCUCUACAUAAAGAUCAUUCAAGGUCUAUGUUCUCUAUAUGUUUUCGUCUUCAUGCAGGCUGUUAGACUGAUAAAGAAUCUGCCUAGGUAUUCUCUGUUGGUCUAUAAUUUCAUAGCCGAAGGAAAGCUUAGAGCAUAUCUGUGGGACCAUUUCGUGAAGCCUAUUGUCGACAUCAAGAACAUGGAUUAUGGAGCUUUCUCCAGAAGAAAGUACAAACAAUUUGUGACAUGGGCUGUCGAGAAGUACCUCGAUUACGUCGAAUCAAUAUGGCCGUACUAUUGCAGAACCAUCCGCUUUCUGAAGAAAGCGCAUCUCAUCUAGCUGAGUUUCCAUGCAACUCCCGGAGAAGCACAUGGUUUUUGGAUUGCCAAAGGAUUCUUUCUGACUGGUUUGUGUAAGAGAGAUUUAAGUUUUGGCGAUUGAACCCGAGGUUACUUCACCUGAGAACGUGAGAUCGGAUCAGGAAUUUAUGUACCAUUCAUGAUUUUACAUCAUCAUCGUGUUAAGUAAUUGUUACAUAGUUUAUUUUAUCUUUGUUCUCUUACUCUCUUGAAAAAA